UAUGAAUUUGACAAAUUAAUAAGCCCAAGAAAAUGCCAAUUUUGCAUUAGAAUUGUGGGUUAACACAGAAAACUUCCUUAAUAAAACUUAGAAACAAAUGAAAAACUAAUCUAUUUUAAACAUUAUCAAUAAUUAAUAAUUUCAAGAAAUUAUUCCAUAAGAUUAAAAAGGAUUGUAAGCAACACAACAAUAUAUUGAAUAAUGGUAAAAUCAAACAGAUGUAUUGUUUAUUAUAUCAAUAAUAGGAUGAUAAAAGUAUUAUUUUAUAGUAUGUUGUUGUAAAUAUCAAUUAAAUGAUUUAAUCAGAAGAUCCUACAAAGUAUAACCAAACUAAUUUAAUUGAACAUAUAUCCAAUUAAACAUUCAUCCUUGAUUAAAAUCAGAAAAAUAAAAAUACUACUUAGUAUAUUUCUCCUUUAACUUGGUAACAUGCAAAUGUCAGCAAUGAAGAAAUGAUUUUAGCAAAAUUCUUUUAUAAUACUAAAAACCAAAAUUUAACUUUCUAAGAAGAAUUUGAUAAGUUAUCCGUUUAAGAAGCUGCUUCUUUAUUAAAUGCAUUUGAGAAAUUUUUUAUUGAUUCUAAUAAAAAUACAAAUACCAAUUCAACUACAAAUAAUAUUAAUUCAAAGGGAGAAUAACCAAUUGAAUAACCAGAAUAACUACCUUAAAUUAAAUCUAAUAAUAAUAGUGAUAAUCCUAUUUACAUGAUUCUAGUAUUUUCUUUAAUAUUUAUCAUAUUAAUUGGCAUCUUGUUUAUUCUAAGAAGAUACUUAAUACAGUAAAAACUGGCUACAUUUUAAAUGAAUGAAGAAAUAAAUCCUUAAGGUUUAUAGGCUUGA